GCGGGGCGCGCUGGCAGCGGGGCCGGCGAGUCUCCUUGGGGCCGUCCCUUGGCCGCGGCCUGGUGGCGCCGGGCGAAGAUGGGAGCCGGCGGCAGCACCCGGCGCGUCACCUUCGAGGCGGACGAGAAUGAGAACAUCACGGUGGUGAAGGGCGUGCGGCUUUCUGACAGCCUCAUCGAUCGGAUGAAGGAACCUUCUUCACCCAGUGGAAGAUCGCAGCACCGAUCGGCGUCUGGUGCAGUUAAUAAUGAAGAACUAAAGAAAAGAAUAGCUGAAGAACUGGCAUUAGAACGAGCCAGGAGAGAUGCUGAAGCUCAAAAGAGAAGAUUGAAACAAGAACAGAUGUACGUGCGGGAUGAGUUUGGCAGGCUUCUGGAAAGAGAGAGGAUUUCUUCUAACGAACAUUUGACUCGAGCCAUUCUCCGCGAGAGAGCGGCGACGGAAGAGGAGCGGCAGAAGGCGCAGCGUUUU